UUGUUCAGUCAUGAAUUCCUGAGCUACCACCACCGUCCCUCUCUUAAAUUACUGCCCCUAUAAAAUAUAGUUGCAUAGACAGUACCAGUAUUUCCACCUCUAAAUCCCAAUAUGCAGCAGUAGUCACCUCCAAUCAUUACCUUGUCCUGGGUGGAGGGAGGCUCUCAGAAGGGCCCAAACACUCCCAUACUUCAUUGAUUUAGACAAUUCUGUGCCCUUUACAUGACCCUACCUACUUCCAGUAGUCCUCCCCCAUUUGACCUAAUCCACCCCUCAUCUAGGAAGUGCUCUGUGGGCAGUGUGAAUCCCCAGUGGACCCCCCCUAACACCUCUUCCUUGUCUCUUUCAUCUCCAGUCUCCCGCCAGCAAAGCAGGAAUAAGUUUUCCUAAGUUAGACGGAUGGUCCCUAUUAGCCUGGUGGGCUGCCCCCCUUUUACCUCCCCCCCCACCAGCUGCCCUAGUCAAGGGAGGUGCCUCUGUGGGGAAGAAAGGCUGGAGAGGCAGAAACUUUGGGUGGGAGUUUUAGGCACCCUGGAGCAGGAAUGGUACCCCCAGGGAAGAAGCCAGCGGGAGAGGCCUCCAACUCCAACAAGAAGUGCAAACGGUACUUCAACGAGCACUGGAAAGAAGAGUUUACCUGGCUGGACUUUGACUAUGAGCGGAAGCUGAUGUUUUGUCUGGAGUGCCGCCAGGCCCUGGUGCGGAACAAGCAUGGCAAAGCAGAGAACGCCUUCACCGUGGGUACUGACAACUUCCAGCGCCACGCCUUGCUGCGCCAUGUGACCUCGGGAGCACAUCGCCAGGCGCUGGCUGCCAACAGGGGCCAGCCUGCCCUUGAGGGCCAGGCUGAGGGAGGAGGGGCCUACUCAGGCUUGGCGAGCAGCCCCAACUCCAGGGGUGCCAAGGUGGAGGCGGACCAGGCCAAAGUGGCUGUGCUGACCACUGUGUACUGCAUGGCCAAGGAGGACAUGCCUGAUGACCGCUGCUCUGCCCUGAUCGAGCUUCAGAGGGUCAACCUGUGCCAGGCAUUGCUGGGCAUGAAGCAUGGAGACUACUACAGCGCCAGGAGGGUGAGGGACAUGCAGGUGGCCAUUGCCAGUGUCUUGCACACAGAAGCCUGCCAGCGCCUGAAGGCAUCCCCAUAUGUGGGUCUGGUGUUGGAUGAGACCAGUGACUAUCCUGAGUCCCACAGCCUAGCCUUGUUUGCCACUUCAGUGUCCCCCUGUGAUGGCCGGCCUGCCACCACCUUCCUGGGCAGUGUGGAGCUUCAGGAGGGAGAAGGUAUGGCUAGCCAGCUCCUGGACAUCCUGAAGGCCUUCGGUGUGUCAGCACCCAAGCUGGCCUGGCUCAGUUCAAGCCUCCGCAGUGACCACCUUGGCAGUGUGGGCCUGCAGCUCCGGGCUGUCUGCCCGAUGCUCACUGAGCUCCAUUGCCUCCCUGGCAAGACACACCGAGAGCCACCUGCCUACCUCAGUGAAUAUGAAAGUGUACUAGAUGCCCUCUUCCGCCUCCAUGCUGGCUCCAGGUACCACAUGGUCCCUGAACUCCAGGCAGCACUGGACCUUGCAGCUGUUGACCUGACAAGACCACUACCAGUUCCCUGGGCCUCCCUGCUGCCCAUUGUGGAAGCAGUGGUCCAGGCUUGGCCUUCCCUGGUGCCCACACUGGAGGCCUCUGCCCCUGCCUCACCCAUGGCCAGGGCACUGUCCCUCGCUAUACGCCAGUUUACCUUCAUGGCCUUUAGCCACCUGCUGCUGGACACUUUGCCCUUGGUGCAGAAGCUUGCCCAUUUUGUGCAUACGAAAGAACCAGACUUGGCCUUGCUGCAGCCCUUGGUGAUGGCAACUGCAUCCUCCCUCCAAGCACAGCGCAGUGCUCAAGGGGAUCAACUUCAGGGCUUUCUUGAGGAGCUGGAGUCUGUGGGCUCCUGUGAGGGCGGGUGCUGCACCUACCGUGGCGUGGAGCUGCUCGGCUACUCCGAGGCUGCGAUCCAAGGUUUGGAGCGGCUGCGGGGGGCCUUCCUGGACUCCAUGCGGAUGGGGUUGCGGGUCUCCUAUCCCGAGCCCUCCCUGGACGCCGUGGCUGCCUUCGCCACCAUCUUCGACCCCCGCGGUUACCCCAAGGCACCCGAGGAGCUGAGCGCACAUGGCGAGGGGGCGCUGCGGGUCUUGCUUCGUGCCUUCUCGCCGGCAGUGGUGCGCCCACGCGCGCUGGGUGACUUCGCGCUCUUCAAGCGCGUGGUGUGCAGCCUGGGGCGGCUCGGCCCGCGGGCCCUGUGCGCCAAGCUGGCCUGCGCGCACUCCGAGCUACACGAACUCUUCCCGGACUUCGCCGCCCUGGCUGCCCUGGCCUUGGCGCUGCCGGCAGGCGCUGGCCUCCUAGACAAAGUGGACCACAGGCGGGAGCUGCUGCGGUGCGGGGGCCGGAGAGGUGCCGGGAGAGAAGGCCAGGGCGGCCCCGUGGUGAAGAUCGCUGUGGAUGGGCCUCCCUUGCAUGAGUUCGACUUUGCUCUGGCCGUGGAGUUCUUAGAGAGUGGGUGAGGAGAAGGGGUCCUGGGGGCCCAACUCACAUGAGGGCCCCCUGAUGCUCUGUGUGCAGCCAGCCCAGGGCAUUGGACACUCCAAGCGCCAAGCCUGACCUGACUGCAUUCAAGCUGACUUACUAACUGUGAGCGCCUACCCACCGUCCCCAGCUUCCUCUGCUGUGGAGCUAAGGCUGAGUGCUGACCCUGUCCCCAUGGGCUGGCUUGAGUGGGCAGAGGGGCAAGCGAGGGCAAGGGGGUACCAUAAAUAUUAUUCCUAGCCUUUGAUAAAUUUCCCUCUGGGCUUGAUCCAAGUUCUGACCUGGGACUAGUUGGGAGAUCUUGAUUGGAGGGAGGGAACUGGGUGCUAGGGCUUAAGGGGAAGGAGAACUGCUUUCUGACUGUUUCUUGGCUGCCUCUUGGCAUCUGCUUUUUCCUUCCUGUGUGCCUAGAGAACCAAGGUCCUUGCUUUUGGCACACAGCAAAGCACCCUCCUUGUGCGCUAGCUAACAGUUCAGGGGAGGUAAUGGUACAACCUUUCAUGUACUAGUAGGCUACUGCAGGCUUUUUCUGUAUAUAACUGUAUAGAAUCAUAAAAAUUCUAGAGAUGUAAAAUAAAUCUACCCUAUCUUUCUUAGUGUCAAUACAAAUCCUAAAGGGGUUUCAUUUGGUUUUGCAAUGGCAAGGUACCCAAUGGAUUGUAUUUCUUUCUUCCUCAAAUUUUGGUUGCUCCCUUCAUGUUCCUAGUUCUUCCCCACCCUUGCCUCAGACCUUUAAGACCCAAGACUGUACAACUAUAGUGUUGUACCACUCCAGGGGUACUGGGGCCUUUUUCGCUCCUGGAGGAAGCAGUUGGGGUCUCACCAUACCUGGAAGACACAUCCCUUCAGAUCCCAGUGGGUUUCUCAGCCCUUCUGCCAGCCCUUGCUAUGAAGGAUGUGAGGACCUGUGGGGAGGAAGGGGAGUGAGUAAGAGGGGAGAGGCUGGUCUUUCCCCAGGUCUCCUGGGUUUGAGUUUAAUUUGGAGUAAAGUGGAAGCCCAGCACAUCAUGCGGUCUCUCUGGUGGUGUGUGUGCAUCAGGACCUGACUCUGACUCUUGUCUUCUUCCUUGGUCAGACCCCCCCCACCCCAGAGGGAGAUGGGAUUCAUGUGGACCAUUAUACUGCCCUGCACAGUGAACACUCUACUUCUGCUUCCCCAGUUGUGUAGGGACGAGGCACCAAGAUAGGCUAAAAUCACUCUGGGUAUGAUCAAUGCUAUUUCACAAAGAGGGAGACAGGAAUGUUACCAUCCCUGGCUUUACACCCAGGAACCCUACCAGCCUCUUUCUCUGGCUGCAGAGGUAGGCAAGAGAGAGUCAUGUGGCUCCGGAUUUCAGACCCUCCCCUUCU